UUUUCCAUGUGCUCCCGCUGGCUCCCACAGAGAGACUGGGAAAGAGAAACAAAACAAAAGAGAGAAAAAGAGCAGCUGCUUCGACUCUUCUUCUCUCGCUCCGUAAUCCCCAGCGCUCAUCCUAGAGAAUAUUGGAAGCAUCGCGGCGGCGAAUGGCGACGGCGACGCCUCUCCUCCCUCUCCUCCUCUUCCUCACUCUCGCCACCGUCUCCGCCGACAAGUUCACCGUCGGCGACUCCAAGGGCUGGAACCCAGGCGUCAACUACACCGAGUGGGAGAAGAAGCACCGCCCCUUCCACGUCGGCGACUGGCUCGUGUUCUACUAUCAGGAGGGGAUGGCGGAUGUGGUGCAGGUGGACGAGGUGGCGUACAACAAGUGCGAUGCGUCCAACCCCAUCACCAACUACAGCAAGGGAAGGAGCUACGCCUUCGAGCUCAAUCACACCAAGAGCUAUUACUUCAUCUGUAGUUAUGGCUACUGCUACCAGGGAAUGAAGCUCGCCGUCAAGGCCGAGCCCCUUCCCUCGCCGUCCGCUUCCCCGUCCCACAAGCCCUCCGGCGCACCAUCUAUUCUUCCAAGAUCCGCCGCCGCCGUGACUCUUGCCGCCGCCGCCGCCGCCGCCCUCGCCGCUGUGCUCCGGUUAGUGUGAAAGGAAGGGCAUUUUCCAUUUCCCCCUAUUUUCGUUCUGUUCCUUUUGUCUUCAUUGAGUGGGUGUUGCUUGCGAGAGAAUGAGAGAGAGCGCGAGGGGUUUGUUUGCCAUCUGAAAUUCAACAGAAAGAGGUGAUGUUUUAUUUUUUCUGGUGUUGCGAAGUGUAAUUUGUUCUUUUUGAUAUGGAAUUUUAUGGAAGUUUGGAGAUCUCUCACUGAGAUCCUUUUCUUUUA